AUGGUGCUAAGGGCAGCAAUACAUGGUCAGAUUUCGGUUGGUACUUCACAGACGGAAACGACUAUGCAGUCCACUUUGAAAUUGGCGACAAUGCAAAAUGCAAAGCAAAUUGUAAAAAAUGAGGACCCCCCAUUUAUUGAAGUGGCUAGAAAACACAAAACCACCAAUGCAACUCGAGGAAAAGGACCAGAUAAACAACAAGCAGCUAAUACUCUGGUUACCUGCAAUAACCAGAAUAUGUCAAACCCAGAGGCAGAAACUGGGGACUCCAAUUUGUGUGAAACAAUAAAAGGAGCUGCAGACAUUGAAGCAAUUCUUCGAGUCUUCUUAAUAUUGUAUGGGGAGUGGCAAGACACUCAUAUGGAGGUCAGGUAUACGGAUGUCGACUAUCUUGUCUUUUCUGAUGCUGCAGCCUUAAUGGCAUCUGGAAAAGCACCUUAUGAAAGAUCAACGUAUCGGUAUUCACCACUGAUUGCUGCCCUUCUCUUGCCAAAUUCAUUUCUUCAUCACCUGUGGGGAAAGUUUCUCUUCUCGGCCUCAGAUCUACUUGUAGGAUUGUUUAUACACACCAUUUUGAAGCUAAGAGGGGUGCCUGAGAAACUAUGCACCUCCUCUAUGAUGGUAUGGCUUUUUAAUCCUUUCACCUUCACCAUUGGCACCCGUGGGAAUUGUGAGCCCAUUGUCUGUGCUGUGAUUCUGUGGAUCAUUUUGUGCCUGAUGAACGACCAGCUGGUGCAAGCUGCAUUUUGGUAUGGGCUCGUUGUUCAUCUGAGAAUAUAUCCUAUAAUUUAUGCACUGCCCAUAAUCUUAGUUCUUCGUCCCCUUCACUUCCAGCCCAGUAAAAAGCCUGCCCUUGUGGACUGGAGCUCUAGAAAAUUGAAGUCGCUCCAUGGCUCUAGCAAAUUGAGAUUUACUGAUUUACAAUAUAUUCAGGUCUUUUUGACAAGCAUUUUUAAUUGGAGGAGACUUGUGUUUGGGCUUGUUUCUGGAUCUACCUUCUUCAUCUUAACUGGAUUGUGUUUCUACUUUUAUGGAUGGGAUUUCUUGGACGAGGCACUGCUAUACCAUCUCACUCGUACAGACCCAAGACACAACUUUUCAAUAUACUUUUACCACAUAUAUCUCCACUAUGAACAAGAGUUCUCAAGCCUGGAGAAGCUCAUCUCCUUUCUACCUCAGUUUGUUGUGCAGCUAGCUCUCAUCUUCCGCUUUGCAUAUGACUUGCCAUUCUGUUUCUUUGUGCAAACGCUAACAUUUGUAGCAUUCAACAAGGUAAUAACUGCACAGUAUUUUGUUUGGUUCUUCUGCCUAUUGCCUCUAAUACUACCAUGGAGCAACAUGAAGCUAAAGUGGAAAGGCAUAUCCUGCAUCUUUUUGUGGAUGGGAGGUCAAACUCAUUGGUUAAUGUGGGGUUAUUUGCUGGAAUUUCAAGGCAGGAAUGUCUUCAUUCAGCUAUGGAUAGCAAGUUUACUGUUCUUGGCUGUUAAUACUUAUGUUCUUAUUAAUAUUAUCCACGACCAUGCAUACUGCCCUGUGUUCAAAGAGUUAAAUGUAGAAAAAUCAAACAAAACAAGGAAACAUGACUAG